UCGCUGUGCGCUUCAGUGUCGGGUGGAGUCUACAUCCCGUCGCAGCUCUGCGGGGAAAGAAGGAGGACUGUUUCUUUCGCUAGUUUCUCUUUGACUUAUUUGUCACCGCCAAGGCGUCGAAAUACUCCACGAAGAUGACGACGACAACCACCUACAAAGGAAUGGAGCCUGGUUCUAAAAGCAGCUCCAGGGUACUACGGCCGCCAGGCGGGGCUUCCAGCAUUUCCUUCGGCGCAGACGGCGACUCGACUCCCCGCAAGGACAAGAUGGUCUCCAACAUCUUUGCAGAACCCGAAGACCUCCAUGCUCAUCGGAGGAACAAUCCACCCACUGGAGAAGCUGCAGGAACCCUGUGCGGCGAGCCCUCCGCCCCGCUGAGGCGAUGCCAGCAGCCUCUUCUCUUCCCCAAGAACACCGAGCCGGAGCUGACUACCAUCCACAACUCCGGGGCUGCCUUGGUCUGGAACCAGAGACGAGAGGUUGAAAAUGGCCAAGAACCAGCGAAUACUGAGUGUCCUGACAGCGUGGAGGUGGAGGAGGAGCAGCUAGAGGCGCAGCCGAAGGAGACGACACAGCCCUCUGCCCCGUCGGGAGAUGCCAACGCUGCCGCAGGCGGCCGAAGAAACCCACCCGGUGGCAAGUCCAGCCUCAUCCUGGGUUGAGACCACUUGUUUGUUUUUUGUUUUUUUGUUUUUCAUUCGAACGCUUUUUUUUUAUAUUUUAAAAGAUAAAUGCCCCCGCACCGCUCUCUUCCUCCUCAUCCACUCGUCACCACCUUCCCUACUUCACAUGCACUCAGCGCCGUCACGUCCAUGGGCCCCCGUGUCCUCUCCCUCCACUCAGACCUUUUGUUUUGAUCCUUUUUUCUAUUAAAAUAAGAAAACUGUUGACAAAAGCACUUUAUGUAUCUCUCUCUCUCUCUCUCUCUCUCUCGGCCCCUCUUCCAUUUCAGCCCAUCCUCUAGUGCAUCGCGCCUGCUGGGAAAGGCAUGACGUUUAGCUUGUCCCUCAUUCUUCCCUUGUUGUAAAUGGUAAAGGAAAAAAUAAUUAAAAGAUUUGAUGCGUGGAUUUCUAAAUACAAUAAAGAUUGAUAUGAA